AUGUCUGGACGUGGUAAAGGUGGAAAAGUAAAGGGAAAGGCAAAGUCCCGUUCAAAUCGUGCAGGAUUACAAUUUCCAGUUGGUCGUAUUCAUCGUUUAUUAAGAAAGGGAAAUUAUGCAGAAAGAGUAGGAGCUGGUGCACCUGUAUAUUUAGCAGCCGUAAUGGAAUAUUUGGCUGCUGAAGUUCUAGAAUUGGCUGGUAAUGCCGCUAGAGAUAAUAAGAAGACUCGUAUUAUCCCCAGGCAUUUGCAAUUGGCCAUAAGGAACGACGAAGAAUUGAAUAAAUUGCUUUCCGGAGUUACAAUUGCUCAAGGUGGUGUUUUACCAAACAUUCAAGCUGUACUUCUGCCAAAGAAGACUGAAAAGAAAGCCUAA